CCAGAGCCUCUGGUACUACCAGGAAAACACCAAGUGUGGCCACAGACAAAGCCACCCUACACCUGCUCUUAAGGGAGCAACAAGCGCCUCAUCCCUAGUCACGGGUCAAGGGUAGCAGAGCCGGGACCCUACCUCACCUUACCUCCCCCCUCCCCUCCGCUCCCCUAGGGCCAGGCAGCUGGAGCAGUCCCACCUGGGCCAACCCAGCAAUCUGCAGGGCAGGUGACCUCCACUGUUGAUUCUACCCAGAGGACAUGAACAUUUUUAGUUUCCCAGGAAUGUCCAUCAGCCCACACAGGAGCCAGCUGCCUCUGAGAUGAGGUCGCUGGAUUAAAACAAACACCAGGUUUGCUAUAUAAGGACCACAGGGCCCCUGGGCACCACCUUACCAGGAAUCCCAGGUAGGCUCAUUCCUCUUUAUAUCUGUGUGUGCUUAAAGGUCUGCCUUACUGUGUGCCUGCUGGCCAUCUGCUUAACCUCUCUGGGCUCAGCAGACCCAUUUUCACAAAGGGGAGAAGGACAACCAAGGUCAAUGUGACGGCUCAGGGACAGCGCUCGAUUUAAAAGCUGCCUCAAUCCCAGGCUGUCCCCUGGAGAUCCUGCUGGUUCAGCUUCAUCAUCAGGGACUGGGACAACCAGCACUGGGGUGGACACCCCAAGUGUUUGCCACACCAAGAUUCACAGAACCUUUAUUUCUCCCCAACCUUAAAGAGGGAGACCCUCCCUACUUCACAGUCACCACUCAGGUCCUCGAGUCCCCUCACCUGUCCGCUGGGCUCCUUCCCAAACAAUUCUGAGGCACAUCAAGGGGAUGAGACAGGCAACCUGGAAACCCUCUCUCCCUCAGAGCCACCUGAAGCCAUGUUCUCUGCGGGGACCAUCUGCAGCCUGCUGCUCCUCAGUGUGCUCUGGGUGGACGUGGCCAUGGCAGGCUCCAGCUUCCUGAGCCCCGAACAUCAGAAAGCCCAGCAAAGAAAAGAGUCCAAGAAGCCACCAGCCAAACUGCAGCCCAGAGCUAUCGAUGGCUGGCUCCACCAAGAGGACACAGACCAGGCGGAUGGCGCAGAGGACGAGCUGGAGAUCCGGUUCAAUGCUCCCUUUGACAUGGCAAUCAAGCUGUUUGGGGCUCAGUACCAGCAGCACAGCCGGGCCCUGAGGAAGUUUCUUCAGGACAUCCUUUGGGAAGAGGCCAAAGGUGAGUCUUUUUCUGGGUCAGGUUAAUCCCUUUGCCAUGAAAUCCUAAAUGGGAGCUGAGCUGGCCAGAGCCUGCCAGCUGGGUGACACAAGACACCUCCUUCCCCAACUCUGCCCCUCCAACAGCUUCCCCAAAUCCCUGAAGGAAGCAGCCAGGCUGGUCCUGAAGAGCCACACGGAGCAGGGUGAGCUCAAAGCCUUUGUCAAAGAACACCAUGUUCCAAGCACUGGCACCUUAGCCAGCUCUAGGGCCCAGGGGAGCCUAGACUUCUUAAAGUGGCUCCAGAGCCCAUCAUGAGUGCAUACAACCACCUGGUGUGACAGCAUCUUGCCCAUGAAACUGCACAUCACAUGGGAAUUGGAGCCUCAGCUGCCUUCAGAAGAGGCUCCACAGCCAGAUACGCAAAGGAUUCUGGAUUCAUUCUGAAUCCCCAAGUAUCUGUUAAAAGACCCCAGCUUGUCCCUAAGGGGACAAUCUGCCACACUCCUUCCUCACAAACAUGCACCCCAACAUGAUGUAGGCAGCGGGUGCUCACCCUGCUGCAGAGACCAGAACCCCAACAGGAGACUUGCCCAGCAUCACACUCCACACUCCAACACCACCUCCCAACUCCAAGGACAAAUGCUCCCCAUCCCCGUCACCACAUGUCACCUCCCCCAUCACACUGUAGAAGGCCAGCAGGAGGGUAGCCUGGAAUUGUGACCCAACCUCUUGCUUUUCAGAGGCCCUGGCUGACCAGUGACCACCUCCAAGAUGGGCCUGCUCUUAGCUUUCCUCCCAAUCUGGCAUUCAGAUUGCAUCUGCAACGACCCCCAGUCCUCCUGUACUAGGUUUGAGUGAAUAAAACCUCACACUUCACUUAU